GCAGACCGAACGCAACCACCCAACCAACCAACAUGUACAAGCUGGUCGUCCUGUCCGCUCUGAUCGCCGCCGCCUCGGCCGGCUACUUGGGAGGCUACGCCGCCCCCGCCGUGGGCUACGCUGCCCCCGCCGUGGGCUACGCCGCCCCCGUGGCUGUGGCUCACGCCGUGGCCCCCGCCGCCGCCUCCGUGGCUAACACCUACAGGAUCUCCCAGACGGCCCGCGUCCUGGCCGCUCCCGCCGCCUACGCCGCUCCCGCCGCCUACGCCGCCCCCGCCGUGGGCUACGCCGCCCCCGCCAUCGCUGCCGCCCCUGCCCUGGGCUACGCCCGCUACGCCGCCGCCGCCCCCGUGGCCGUGGCCCACGCAGCCGUGCCCGCCGCCGCCUCCGUGGCUAACACCUACAGGAUCUCCCAGACGGCCCGCGUUCUCGCCGCCCCCGCUGUCGCCCACGCCCCCGUCGCGUACGCCGCCCCCGCCGCCUACGCCGCCCCCGCUAUCGGCUACGGCUACGGUGGUCUGGCCUACGGAGCUGCCCCCGUUGCCAAGGUCUACGGUUAAGUCAACCACUUAUUUAUUAGUCUGAUGACACCAAUAAAUAUUUAAUUAAAAAUCGCUAA